ACUCUCUCUCUCUCUCUCUCUCUCUCUCAUUCAUUCUCAUAUGGUGCAGCUGCUUCACAAAUUAGAAUUCACAACCUAAAGGCAGUAUAGAGAGUCAGAUCUGAGCUUCAUGAUCUUCAACUACCUCAAUUUGCUCUACGUUUCAACUUCGAAGCUUUGACUUAAUUGUCUUGAUUACUUACCAAUGGCAAGAUCGAGACAACAUUUCUCUAGCCAAGAUUCCUCACUGUCACCGACUUCAGUGAGAUCACGAGAAUGGGAGGGUCCAUCAAGAUGGACUGAGUACUUGGGUCCAGAAACAACUUCUCCAAUGAGUUUGAGGAGCUCCAGGAAUGCAGGUCCUGAUGUCCAUAGUUCAGGCGGGUCCCACAAAGGAUUGAACAUGCAGUGGGUAGUUCAACUAAUUGAAGUGGCAGAAGGUCUUAUGGCUAAAAUAUAUAGGUUGAACCAAAUUUUGGAUUACCCGGAUCCAGUUGGCCAUGUAUUUUCAGAAGCAUUUUGGAAAGCCGGUGUGUUUCCUAACCAUCCAAGAAUUUGCUUGUUACUCUCAAAGAAGUUCCCUGAACAUUAUAGCAAGUUGCAGCUUGACCGCAUUGAUAAGGUUGCUUGGGAUGCCUUACAUGAUAAUGCAGAACUUCAUUUACAAAGCUUGGAACCAUGGAUCCAGCUACUUCUUGACUUGAUGGCUUUUCGAGAACAAGCUCUACGACUUAUAUUGGAUCUGAGCAGUACAGUUAUUACCUUGUUGCCCCAUCAGAACUCGCUUAUACUACAUGCAUUUAUGGAUCUCUUUUGCUCCUUUGUCCGCGUUAACCUUUUCUCUGAGAAGAUGCCAAGGAAAAUGAUGCUACAAAUGUAUAACCUUUUGCAUUCCAUGUCCAGAAACGACCGAGAUUGUGAUUUUUAUCAUCGGUUGGUUCAGUUUAUAGACAGUUAUGAUCCACCAUUGAAAGGAUUAAAAGAAGACCUAAAUUUUGUGAGCCCACGUAUUGGAGAGGUGCUAGAGGCUGUGGGUCCUAUUAUUUUUCUGUCAACUGAUACAAGAAAGCUCAGAAAUGAGGGUUUUUUAAGUCCAUAUCAUCCUCGAUAUCCAGACAUACUUACAAAUUCUGCCCACCCCUUGAGAGCUCAGGAUCUAGCAAACGUCACCUCUUAUCGUGAAUGGGUAUUAUUUGGGUAUCUUGUUUGUCCUGAUGAGCUUCUUCGUGUCACUAGCAUUGAUAUUGCUCUGGUCGUAUUGAAAGAAAAUCUGGUUCUUACAUUGUUCAGGGAUGAGGUGAUUUUUGCUGCCUGUUUUCUGUCGUUCAAACUACUUCCAUCAUUUUCAGUAGCUUAUUGUUGUAACUUAAACAUGCAGUAUAUACUUUUGCAUGAGGAUUAUCAACUAUAUGUCCUGCCACGAAUUUUAGAAUCAAAGAAGAUGGCAAAGUCUGGUCGUACGAAGCAAAAAGAAGCAGAUCUGGAGUAUAGUGUAGCAAAGCAAGUUGAGAAAAUGAUAAGUGAAGUGCAUGAGCAAGCAUUACUCUCGUGUGAUGCCAUUCAUCGUGAGAGGAGAAUAUUGUUAAAGCAAGAGAUUGGAAGAAUGGUGCUUUUCUUCACUGAUCAGCCUAGUUUGUUGGCUCCAAACAUACAGAUGGUAUUCUCUGCCUUGGCUUUUGCUCAAUGUGAGGUAAUCUGGUAUUUCCAACAUGUUGGAAUUGCGUCAUCAAAAUCUAAAACCACUCGAAUUGUACCAGUUGACAUAGACCCGAGUGAUCCAACUAUCGGGUUCUUAUUAGAUGGAAUGGACCAUCUAUGCUGUUUAGUACGCAAGUACAUUGCUGCGAUUCGAGGUUAUGCACUAUCAUACCUUUCUUCUUGUGCUGGUAGAAUCCGGUAUUUGUUGAAUACCCCUGGGAUGGUGGCUCUUGACUUAGAUUCAAGCUUGAAAGGUCUUUUCCAGCAGAUUGUUCAGCAGCUUGAAAACAUACCAAAACCACAGGGUGAAAAUGUAUCUGCCAUUACAUGUGAUCUAUCUGAAUUCCGAAAGGAUUGGUUAUCAAUAUUGAUGAUAGUCACAUCUUCCCGAUCAUCUAUAAACAUAAGACAUUUGGAGAAAGCUACAGUUUCUACAGGGAAAGAAGGCUUAUUAUCGGAAGGAAAUGCUGCAUACAAUUGGUCGAGAUGUGUUGACGAACUGGAAUCUCAAUUAUCGAAGCAUGCGAGCCUUAAGAAGUUGUAUUUCUACCAUCAGCACCUUACAGCAGUCUUCAGGAACACUAUGUUUGGCCCAGAAGGUCGUCCACAGCAUUGCUGUGCAUGGCUUGGUGUUGCAAGUAGUUUUCCGGAGUGUGCCUCUCCCAUUGUUCCAGAAGAGGUAACUAAAAUUGGCAGGGAUGCAGUCCUUUAUGUUGAAUCUCUCAUUGAAUCAAUAAUGGGAGGACUGGAGGGACUAAUCAACAUCCUUGAUUCUGAAGGAGGAUUUGGUGCCCUUGAGAUCCAGCUUCUUCCAGAGCAGGCAGCGUAUUAUAUGAAUUAUGCAUCAAGAGUAUCGAUUCCUUCAGCUAAAUCUCCAAAGGGACCAUCUGGUUUUUCUUUUCCUGGUCAGGAGAGUCAUCCUGAAAAUAAUAGUUCUAUUAAAAUGUUAGAAGCUGCGGUGCAGAGACUGACCAAUCUAUGCUCAGUUUUGAAUGAUAUGGAGCCAAUAUGUGUUCUAAACCAUGUUUUUGUCUUAAGGGAGUACAUGAGAGAAUGCAUCCUUGGGAACCUUAGGAGAAGAUUGCUUUCAGCACUGAAAACUGAUAAUGAUCUCCAACGGCCUUCUGUUCUGGAGUCACUUAUUCGCAGACACAUAAGCAUCAUCCAUCUGGCAGAGCAGCACAUUAGCAUGGACCUAACUCAGGGUAUUCGAGAAGUUCUGCUCUCAGAGGCCUUCUCAGGACCAGUUUCUUCUUUACAUUUGUUUGACAAGCCAGCAGAGCAACACACCGGAUCAGCCACUGAGGCUGUUUGCAACUGGUACAUCGAAAAUAUAAUCAAGGAUAUAUCUGGUGCCGGAAUCCUUUUUGCUCCAAUUCACAAAUGCUUCAAGAGCACAAGGCCUGUUGGCGGAUAUUUUGCUGAUUCAGUCACUGAUCUUAAAGAACUGAAGGCCUUUGUUCGGAUUUUUGGUGGCUAUGGAGUUGACAGGCUAGACAGAAUGCUGAAAGAACACACUGCUGCACUUUUAAAUUGUAUUGACACAUCAUUGAGAUCAAACCGUGAAGUGCUAGAAGCAGUUUCUGGCAGCCUUCAUUCUGGUGACCGAACAGAAAGAGAGGCAUCAAUAAAGCAGAUAGUCGAUAUAGACACCGUGAUUGGGUUUUGCGUUCAAGCUGGGCUGGCCUUGGCUUUUGAUAGACUUCUAGCUGAAGCUUCUGGAGCUGUGCUCUUAGAAGGUGCGCCCUUGAUACAUUCAUUAUUGACUGGGAUAGCUAAGCAUAUACCUGAAGAAAUACCUGAAAAGAUAGAAAUCAGGAGAUUGAAAAGUGUGACAAACAAUUUUGGUGUAGUCUACGAUCAUGAUUCUCAAUGGGUGAGAUUGAUCUUAGAAGAGGUUGGAGGUGCCAAUGAUGGUUCAUGGAGCUUCUUGCCUUAUUUAUUUGCUACCUUCAUGACAUCUAAUAUUUGGAAUACCACUGCCUUCAAUGUGGACACGGGGGGCUUCAAUAACAAUAUCCAUUGCUUGGCAAGGUGCAUUAGUGCUGUAAUUGCAGGAAGCGAGUUUGUUAGACUGGAACGUGAGCAUCAGCAAAGACAAUCUCUCUCAAAUGGACAUGCUGUUGAUACAGGGGACCUUGAAAGUCAAAGUCGUUUGUCAGCUGAAGCAAGCAUAAAAUCCUCAAUGCAGCUCUUUGUCAAAUUCUCUGCAGGCAUUAUAUUGGAUUCAUGGAGUGAAGCUAACAGAUCUCAUCUUGUAGCACAGCUAAUUUUCCUAGACCAACUUUGUGAGAUAUCACCUUAUCUUCCAAGAAGCUCUCUCGAACCCCAUGUUCCGUAUGCCAUUCUCCGUUCGAUAUACAGCCAGUAUUAUGAAAAUUCUCCAUCUACGCCACUCGCAUUACUAAGUGGUUCACCUCGCCAUUCACCUGCUGCAUCACUCACGCAUUCAUCUCCUGUAGUACGACAGCCCCGUGGUGACCCCACUCCCCAGUAUGAUUCAGGUUAUUUCAAAGGAUCAUCAUCCCAUGGCCAGGAGCACCUUUAUGAUACCGACAGUGGAAGCUUACGGAGCAGUGAAAGCAGGCAACGGAAUGUUCGUCGUUCAGGGCCUUUGGAUUACAGCUCAAGCCGUAGUAAAGUUAAGUUUGUGGAAGGCUCAAGUUCAGGAAGUACCGGCCCCAGUCCGCUGCCAAGGUUUGCUGUCUCAAGAUCCGGUCCAAUAUCAUACAAGUAA